GUACCACUUCCACUUUUCACCAUAACUGCAAAAUGCAGACGGUCCCUGAAGCUGACACUGGAACUGGACGCAGAGAUAAAGUUUGUUCAGCCGAGCUAGCACAGCCUCCUGCAGGCAGACACAUGUGCGGGCACUCCUCCUCCGGUACACACCGACAGUGAAACGGCUCCGUGUGUCCGCGCAGCUCCGUGCAUUUCCGGGUACAUCCCCGUUAGCAUCAGUCCGUUCAGCCCCGCUGCUCCAUCCAGACACAACAGCCACACACAGAACCGAGCACCGACCGACACACAUCCAUAAUUGAUGCGUUAAAGCUGAGAGCCAAAGCAGGGGGGUGGGGGGCGGCAGCGGGCAGGAGUUAUGGCGGCGUCGCUUCUCUCCGAGACCGACAUCAGGCACCGGUCCAUGGCGGAGGAGGAUCCGAACGGGAAUGAGCACGGGGCGGCUGCACGCAGCGCGGCGCCUCGCUGGGGACCGCAGCACGCCGGGGCCCGGCAGCUGGCGAGGCUCUACUCUCCCGGAAAGCGGCUCCAGGAGUGGGUGUGUGUGAUUCUGUGCCUCUUCCUUUUCAUCAUCAACUUCUCCUUCCUUCUCCUGCACUUCUCCACCGUUCACAUCUACAAGAUCAUCCUCGGCAUCGUGCUAGGAAUAGUGACAGCAGACUUUGCAUCGGGGAUGGUUCACUGGGGGGCGGAUACCUGGGGAUCUGUGGACAUCCCUGUUAUUGGCAAGGCAUUUAUCCGUCCAUUCAGGGAGCACCACAUCGAUCCAACCGCCAUCACUCGCCACGACUUCAUUGAAACCAAUGGCGACAACUGUAUGAUCCCCAUCCUACCACUGGCUCACAUGGCCUACAAGUUCCUCACAUACACACCAGAGGCCUUGGCGGAGUCCUAUCCCUGGGACUGCUACGUCUUCGCUCUGGCGGUUUUCGUGACGCUGACCAAUCAGAUUCAUAAGUGGAGCCACUCCUACUUCGGCCUCCCGCGCUGGGUCACGCUGCUCCAGGAUUGGCAUCUGGUGUUGCCACGGAAACACCACCGCAUCCACCAUGUCUCGCCACAUGAGACAUACUACUGCAUUACUACAGGUUGGUGUAACUAUCCACUGGACCAGCUGGGCUUUUGGAGACGGAUGGAGCAAUUGAUCCAGCGACUUACGGGGCAGAAACCGCGAUCAGAUGACCUGGCGUGGGCCAAGAAGACCGACAGAUAAACACACAAACACACAAACGGAAGCACGGACAGACCGGCUUGCAGAUGCAAAAAUAGAUUUACACACACACUCUCUCUCACACACACACACACACACACACACACACACACACACACACACACACAGUUUACUCAUGUGUCUGUGCUUGUUGCUUUUUUGCUAAAGAGCAAAUAUUCAAAGGAGGAAAUCAAAGAUGGUUGGAGUGACUGGAUGUGCCGGAGUCCGUAUUCUGACAAGCUUUGAACAAAGGAGGUGAAAACAUUACGAGAUGAUAGCGCUCUGCUGUAGCAGCCAAUCAGGUUGUAGUCCUGUUUAACUAAUGAGGUGUUGUGGUGUGUAGGUGUAGGAAGUUUCUGGAGGUUGGGCUCUCCAGGAGUGACACCACGCUGCCUGUUGCAGGCAGCUUCUUACACCACACACACGCACACAUAAACACACACACACUUACACAAACACAAGUUUGAAAGUCAAAUGUUCCAACACUGUCUUUACUGAUCUCAUCGUGUCUGUUAGUAUUAGAGUUUUUGACUUUUUAAAGUCCCUUCUAGUAAAUUCACCACCCUCUUUAAAUUCUCAGAAUUUACAAGAACUACACACAAGAAGGUGAAAAUCUGAUGAUUGUGUGCUUUAGAAUAAAGAUGUAGACAGUUAUAACUCCCCUCUUUUGUGACUGUGCUUGAGGUAAGAUGACUAUAAGAAGACUGACAAACAUUAAAAAAAAAAAAGGUUUGAUGAAAUCCAUACUGUAGUUUCCAUAAUAACUUUUAUUGCAGUAAUAUUAUAUAAACAUGUUGUGCAGUUGCACACUUACACACUCUGAAAUCCAAAUGCACACACUCAAGUACAACAGUUUAAGAUCAUGUUGUCCAGUUUUUGUUAGUUGCAGCACUUUCUGUUCAUCCUUCGUGUGCUUUGACAGACUGUAGAAGUUUCUUGUGCAGACAUUUCUCAUUGAUCUUUUUGUACAGAAAGAUGCUCGGAGUAGUCCAGCUUUUUUUGUAGCUUUAGGAAUCUAUGUGUACAAAGGCUUCUAAAUGAAUGUAUUUACUGCAAGAAAUCAGUCAAAUCUUUUGAUUCAUCUGGAAGCCAUCAUAAGGACGUUACAUUAGAAGUUAUAGUUCAUGUGAUUCCAGAUGAGUUUAGAAUUUUUAGCACAAGUGAUAAGUUGUAGAACAGAAGGAUUUAAUCCUUUUGCACUUCAAUGUUGAUUAAAAAGGCAACCCGACUUUGUUGUCUCUUCGUAUAUUAAAUCUUUAGUGAGAAGGAGCCCACUAAAAAAGAAAGGAACAGUGCGGCCAUCUUUCCAGACAGACUGAGAAGGGACACAGCAGAACUAGUAACUGGUGGUUUAGCAAGUUAAAGUAAGUGUAAAGCAGGAGGGAAAUACGAAGACCUUGAACAAGGUUUUUUUUUUUACUUGACAUUUUGGUGAAACAAAAAAUCUAGCCUGGCUCUUUCCAAAGGUAACAAAAAUCCCCCUACCAGCACCUCUACAGCUCACUCAUUAAAGCAACAUUAUGUAAGAAUUUAUUGCAAACAACAAAUACCAAUCUCACCUCAAAUCAUUAGCCAGAGAAGCUGCUGAGCCCGGUUACAUUGCCAGCAACCACAGCUCCGGUUCUGGCAAGACACUCUCCUUCAGCAUUCUUCAGCAUUACUCACGGCACCAUACAUCCUAUUACAACAAGAAAAGGUAAAAAAGUUCCAUAAUGGGGCUUGAACGCGUUAUAUUUGUUUGUUUCAUCAAAACCUAGAAGAAAAAAAUGUGUUUCCUUAGAACAGAGCCAGGCUAAGUGUCCAGUCUUUGUGCUAAGCUAAGUGUUUUAUAUUUAGUGUACAGACAUGAGAGUGGUGUCAGUGCUCUCACCUAACCCUCAGCAAGAAAGUGAAAAAGAGUAUUCCCCAAAAUGUCAGAUUAAAAUACAAAAACUAAGAUGGAAUGGAGAAAGUUUGGCAUGUAUUUUGGAUGGCAGGUGGAUGUUGAUGAGUCUCUUUCCUCCACUUUAACAUGAAGUGGCACAGACAGAAGCAGAACCUUCUUGGCAUCAGUGGUUUCUCUUGUGCCUCGGCUGCAGACAGGAAUCUAUCCAGCAGAAAUUCUGUUUCUUGGAGGAUGCUUGUGGCUGCCCCAGAGGCCAUAAAAUGAGUCCUACAUGUGUAGUUAGCAUUAGCUUCUCACAACCACGCUGGACGGCUCGGGGCAGGAAAGCUUACCUGGUUAUUGCCUCCAAGUCCUGCUGCUUCUCACAUUCUGCACCACUAGGGAUUUAAAUUCAGCUUUUAUUCAGUUCAGACCACUACCUAAAGCAUUUCCUACUAUAUCAAUUUAGGAAAGCUUGGAAGUCAUUCGCACCACAAUACGUACAGUAGGUUUGCAUUCUUUCAUAAACAGUGGCAGUCAUUCAAACCAUUUUAGAAAUCUUGAUUCAUUGCAUUGUUCAUGUCCCGAAUCCUCUGGUAGAAAAGACAAAGAAACCUCGUCAGCAGUUCUGCAAGAUGCUAAUUGGUGCCGCUGUCUACCCCGCUGUGCUGCUUAUUUGACUGCAACUGUAAAUACUAAACACACAACAAGAUGUGUCACGAACCUCUAAACCUAAAUCAGAGAGAUCCAUUCAAGAAAUGCAUGGCAACAUUUUUACAUCGGUUUGUGUCAGCUGGUGUGAAAGGAGGAGGAAAAAGGAAAAAAAACUUAACUUUUGUUUGCACUAUAGAGAGAAUAAAAUAAUAAUAAAAUCUGGUUGCAACGUUGCUUCUAGAAUGCAAAUAAUGUAUCUCUGAUUUUUGUUUCUCAUGGUGACACGUGCACUUUAGUUGGCUGUUAAUAACUCUGUACUAGAGAGUCUAGCUGCUUGACUUGUAGUUUAUUUCUAGGCUGUAAAUCCCUUCAUACACAGAAGGUCAAUAAUAACAGCACUUUAUUGUUUAAAUGUCUGAAAAUGUAUCUGGCAAGCACCCGUUCUCUCAUGAUCACACACACACACACACACACACACACACACACACAGAUUAAAUCACACAUCUCACCUGCAUGCACGCACACACACAACAGAUCGGACACAAUCAGACACGCUCUUUCUCACAUUGUGUUCAGUUGUUUUCUCUGGCUUUAUAAUUUUCUAUUUUUUUAUUAACGGAUCAAGCCUUGUAUAGUUGAAUUUUGACGUUCCAUUUUGCGGCUCAAUGCUCGCUGCUCGUCUUGCCUUAAUGUUUUUAUCUGCUCUUUGAUUUAAAUAAAGGUUUAUUAACUCCAAA